AUGGGUGUUUCGAAGAAACAAGGAGGUAAAGAAUCAGAAGGCAAGAAAUGGUUGAUUGCUGGAAUCCCAGUACGGGCUCCUUUGAAAUCGAUAUCUACAAAGGCUAAAGAAGGAUGUGAAGACUAUGACGAGUGUUGUACGACUCCGCCGGCGAGAGAAUCGAAGAUACCGGGUAUAUUUACUUGCCCGGCGGCCCCAAGGAAGCGGAGGCCGAGUUUGAAAUGUCAUUUUGAUGAUGUCGAGUUCUUCAAUCCACCGGACUUGGAAUCUGUUUUUAUUCUCCAUGCUGAGAGAGCCAAAUGA